UUUAAGAAGCCGCUCCUCGACGUCACUUCCGGCAACAAUAGGAAACGUCAAAAACUUGCACGGUCCGCCACUCCGGCUCCUGCAGGUUGAGGUGCUGUGAAUUCCCAGGAAUCUAAGGCGGCUUCUGAUACUCUCGCAGUCAUUUUGUUCUCCAGCGCGAACACGUGCGCUCUGGACAGGCCUCUCCAUGGCUUGGGCACCAGUUCCCGGCUGAGCCAUUUCCUUUUCGGCUGACAGCCCCCGCCCACAGGCUGAAUCGUCGCGGCGGCGGUGGAGAUCACAGGUCGCUCAGGCUUGCAGAUGGGUCAAGGACUCUGGAGAGUGGUCAGAAACCAGCAUCUCCAACAGGAAGCCUACAGUGAGACAGGCUACCUCAGCAGAGAACAGAGUAGGAGAGUGGCUACAGGCAACAUUUCUCACACCAGCCACCGGAAACAAGCCCAAGGAGGCAUCGAUAUCUAUCAUCUUCUGAAGGCAAGGAAGGCUAAAGAACAGGAAGGGUUCAUUAACUUGGAAAUGCUGCCUCCUGAGCUGAGCUUCACCAUCUUAUCCUACCUGAAUGCAACUGACCUCUGCUUAGCUUCGUGUGUUUGGCAAGACCUCGCGAAUGAUGAACUUCUCUGGCAAGGGUUGUGUAAAUCCACAUGGGGUCACUGUUCUAUAUACAAUAAGAACCCACCUUUAGGAUUUUCUUUUAGAAAACUGUAUAUGCAGCUAGAUGAGGGAAGCCUCACCUUUAAUGCCAACCCAGAGGAGGGAGUGAGCUACUUUAUGUCCAAGGGUAUCCUAGAUGAUUCGCCAAAGGAAAUAGCAAAAUUUAUCUUCUGUACCAGAACACUAAAUUGGAAAAAACUGAGAAUCUAUCUUGAUGAAAGGAGAGAUGUCUUGGAUGACCUUGUAACCCUGCAUAAUUUUAGGAAUCAGUUCUUGCCAAAUGCACUGAGAGAAUUUUUUCGUCAUAUUCACGCUCCUGAAGAACGCGGGGAGUACCUUGAAACUCUUAUAACAAAGUUCUCACAUAGGUUCUGUGCUUGCAAUCCUGACCUAAUGCGAGAACUUGGCCUUAGUCCUGAUGCUGUCUAUGUACUGUGCUACUCUUUGAUUCUACUUUCCAUUGACCUCACUAGUCCUCAUGUGAAGAAUAAAAUGUCAAAAAGAGAGUUUAUUCGAAACACCCGCCGCGCUGCUCAGAACAUUAGUGAAGAUUUUGUAGGACACCUUUAUGACAACAUCUACCUUAUUGGCCAUGUGGCUGCAUAAAAGCACAAUUGUUCGAACUUCAACUUUCUACUGCAGACUGAGGCUACCCAGGCACAGACUUAGUGGCAGUGGGGUUGCAUCAGCACUGCUCACUCCAGUUCAGCCUCUGUAAAAUCCAGCUUGACUGCAGCCCUCUUCUUCUUUCACUGUUUUCUAGUUUAGAAAUUUCAGAACUAAUUUUGCAGAACUUUUCUUAAUUUUGCUCAUCAUGUUUGCACAAAACAGCCACUGUAUAACACAAUUGUUAGAGAAUGUUAAACUGACAUAUACUCUAUAAUGGAGUGUUUGUGCAUUAGAUUUGUCUGGAAACUAUCCAUUUCCAUCCUUUAAAAAAUACCAUGUAAUGUAUACAUAUUUAACUGAAGAGAUUUAUGAUCAUAAUUAUUUUAUUGUAAAGAUUUUAACUAAAGGUUUUCCUUUUCUCUUGAACUGAGUUUGGAAAUUUAUUUGACUCUGAUCUAAGAAUAUUGUUGGCUUUGUCAAAUUUGGAUCUGACCCUAGAAACCAAUACCAGCUUCCCAUUUCUCUCCACUUGGAAGAGUGUUGAUUUGUUACUAUAUUAAUAUACUAUGCAAAACUGGCCUUAUUUGUAUAACAUAUCAUUUGAUUAAUUUUUAAAAUUUCUAGGUUAAUAAAGUUUCAGUAUAUCAUAUAAACAUUGAGAAUAUAAAAAUGUGUCAGAAUUUAGAAGUCACAUUUAUAAACAGAAUAAAAUAUUAUUAGAACUUGGGGAAGUAUUACUUCCUCAUUUCUGAACAA